AUGAUCGCAUUUCUUAUUGCACUAAUUAUAAUACUAGUCCUGUCCGGCGUCGGGGUAAGUUUUUUUUUUCAAAUGAAAUCUCUUGUAUUCAUUCAACGUUUUUAGAUUCUGGUUCUGGAGAUUUAUCAUGUCUGUAGAACUCUAUCAGACUUCACGACAUCUUUGGAGCUAGUGAGAGAGAAAAUUAAGGAAUCUGAGAUGCGCCAAAAAAAAGAUGAAGAUGAAGAAGAAGAAGAAAAAGAAGUAAAAGAAGAAAAAGCGAAGUUUGCACAGAAUCAUGAGAAGAAGGAAGCGAAGUCUCUACCGUAUCCCCCGGACAGUUUACAGUUCAACCGAGAAUCGAAAAAAGCUGGAUUCACGUGCUCCACCGAAGCGAAACCUAAGAUUGAGGACAUCAGCUACAUCGAGACGGUCGUUCAGAAAUUGACAAUGUCCGCUUUGAUUGUCCCCGUCUCCGCUGUGGCAGUCUUCUUCGCUAUGCGAGACUUCCACGUGGCGACUCCUGGCUGCUUCGUUUUAAAAACCCGGAAUCCAGAAGGUUCUUUUUUCACCUUCAAGAUGCUUUGGAGCCGCGUGGAAGCGUGCUACCUGAACACGGACGGACAGAAGCGGCUGGCCGGGAUUACCGUAUUUCCGGCGGUGGAGGGAGACGAGGAUUCGUUGGAAGAGGCGAAGGAUCUGAUUGAAGAGCUGCUCGACGGUGAGGAAGAGGAGGCGGCGGCCUGCACAUGCUUCGAAUGUUGUGAAGGUAAGCAGAAUUACUCGAAUUUAAGAAGACAAUUACACGGUCUCCAGAGCUGACAAUAUGGGCGUGGCCUCGGCCAAAUGGCGUUUUCAUGAAUUGAGCAGGUUUUCUCUGAUUUGUGUGGUCAAAGGCGAUGAAAAAUGAUUGUUCGACAUGAAAACACACUAAUUCUCAAAAACCGCACUUCUCAUUUUGCGCUUUCUUGACCGUUUUCAGACAUAAUUGGUAUUGAGAAUGAUAAAUCACGUAAAUACGAGCAUUUUGAACGCUCGAACCGCGAAAACUACCGAAAAGCAACUGAAAUUCACGCAGUUUUAGCCAAAAACCUUCAAACGGAUAAAUGUGAUUUGCGACUUGACCAAAUUUAACGCUCUUGCGCUUAAAAAAUUUGUAAUAGCCUAUACAAUCGGUCUAUCGAGAGAAAAAUGAGAAAUUAUCGGUUUUUCGUGGCUAAUCUGGCAAAAAACACAAAAUUUGCUGUUAAAAUUUGAAUUUCGCGCCAAUGUAUCGCUCUAUUGGGUGGGGCGCACUUGCGCCCAUUGUCAGCUCUGGAGACCGUGUAAUUAGAACACUUCUCUGAAAAUCUUUAAAAUAACACCUCAAUUUUUUUGCAGUUCCGAUCAUUGGCCAUUCGCCGCAACAGGUUGUUGUCGAAGAAAAGGCUUCAGACGCCCUUGUUAAUGUUUGCGAAAACUCCGACGAUCAAGAGCUCUUCUAUCCUUCGGCUAACCAUUUUUUGAUUCUGAAAUGUCAUUUCCCACUCUCUUGAUCUCGAUUUAAUUAAAUUCUUCAUCCAUAUAUGUAUACAUUCAAUAAAUGUCUAUGAACACACAACCCGUGCACAUAAUUACCCCCCUUGCUUUUUGCUCUUCCCUCGUCGGAGCGCGACGAGCGAGAACAGCACAAUAUACAUCCAUCCAAAUGUGUCCUCUUUGCCGUAAAAGACGGAGAAAGUGAAAGAAGGGGAGGGAGAGAGGAAAGAGAACAGAGAAAAGAGGCGAAAAAGGAUAGAAAUGGGGCCGCGAAGGGAGUGACAGAUGGCCGUGCGCGGCGGCUCUAUGCUCUCACGAGACCUCCAUGACUACCAAAAAUCCGCCGUUUUCUCUCUUUUUCUCUAGUUUUGUUAUCAUUUACAAGAAUAAAGAAUCACGAUGAUAUUUUUCGUUUGCUAAUGAUGAUGACGACAGUGCCUCGGGGGAUUAGGUAUUAGCGAGAGCCCCUCCGAAAAGCAGGUGCUUUGAGCAGCGCAGAGCGCAAAGCUCGUUGACGCAAAAAUGUUCUUAGGCUACGCUUUUUUUAGCUUCUUCUACACCGUUUUCGCUUAGGAAACUUUACUUUCACAACCGAGAAAUCAAUUUCAGGUGAUAUGAACCAGCAUAAUAUCUACCCGUUCGAUGCGAUCUCUCCGCAGACUCUUUUUGUGAUAUUCGGAGUAAGCGCAGCGGUGAGUACUUUUUGAAAUUAAAGCGUACUUUCUGCUGUUAAGUUCGAAAUUUCAAAAUUUCAUAAUUUCAGACAGUAUUCAUAAUCUGUUAUCAAAUGCUCCGCCCGCCGAAACAGCACAACACGGACGCGCCGACAAAAACAGAAAACCGAGAGGAAAAGGAGAAAAAGGCGCAGUUCAAAGGGAAACGAAAGCGUCGAUUCAUCCGGAAAGAGAUUCGAGCGAUGGAAUUGGAGGAGAAGAAGCGGGUGCGGGCGGAGAAAAAAGAGGAGGCGAAGGUGGAGCGAGCCAAGAUUAAGAAGGUGGAAGGGAAGCCGCAGCCGAGGAAGUUCGGCGCCAAUCUGACCGAAAAGAGCAGCCACGCCGGCAACGGAACCGCCCGGGCGCAGAGCACGCGGACCAUUCCGCGCAAGAGGAAUUGA